AUGGCAACGCUCGCCGAGAAGAGGCAAUUCUUUCUGGACAGCGGGGUCAAGACCCUGACCCAACUGCUCUCUGAACAAGACACCCGACCAGGAUGGGAAAACGGCGCCAUCCGGCCCGAAGAGCUGCACUACAGCAAGGACGAGGUCAUCGCUCAGGGGCACCACGGCACCGUCUACAAGGGAAUGUGCCGAGGGUCGCAGGUGGCCAUCAAAGUGCUGGGCAACCGAAAUGGAAUGGACGAGAGCCAGAUCGAGUCUCUGCAGCGCGAAGCCGACAUCAUGCGAGCGCUGAGGCACCCCAGCAUUCUGCUGCUGAUGGGCGUGUGCUCGGAGAAGAGUAAAUUGGCGAUCGUCACCGAAUUCGUGGCCGGGCGCGACCUGAACGCGAUAAUCCACGACCCCGCGGUCGAGAUGAGCAUCCGCCAGAAGCUCAACAUCGCCAAGGGCAUCGCCCAAGGCAUGAACUGGUUGCACUGCUUGCAGCCGGACCCGAUCAUACACCGCGACCUCAAGCCGGCCAACGUCCUGGUGACGCCCGAGGGCAACGUGAAGGUCUGCGACUUCGGUCUGUCGUGCGUCAAGGAGACCUACGACCCCGACGCGCCGCCCAAGGACACUGUCACCGGCACCGCCAUCUAUCUCGCCCCGGAAGUGCUCGAGGGUAUGCCGGCGAGCGAGAAGUCGGACAUCUACGCCUACGCCGUACUUUUGUCGGAGCUGUUCACGCGCGUGAAGCCCUUCAAGGAAAUCGACAGCAUCAAGAAGCUGCAUCACGCGGUUGUGGACGGGAAGCAGAGGCCGGCGCUCAUUGACGCUGUGCCGGAGGCGGUGGCGGAGCUACUGCGCGAGUGCUGGCAUCACGACCGCGACGCGCGGCCGUGCUUUGCGGAGGUGCUGAUGCGCCUCGACGGCGUCGUGGUGGACCUGUCCCUGUCACACUCCUCGGCUCGCACCUUUUGGCGGGAGCUGCGACCCAAGCACUACCCGUGGGCUGUGACCUGGGACCGGUUCCUGGAGGCGUUCCACCGCUACGCCAAGCCCAAGCUUCCCCUCAAGCUCUACGCCCAGACGCCCGAAGCCAAAUGCGCCCAGCUCCUCCUCGCUGUGCAAAACGAAGACAUGACGAGGAGCCGGGACAGACAGGAGUGGACCGUGUUGCUCGAGAGCUUCGGCCGAUUCACGCACCUCUUCGGCCCCUUUCGGCCUAUCAUCCUCACAAAGUUCUCUGAGCUUUGCAAGACAGGGUGCUUCCACGGCACGAUAGAAGCAAAGGAAGCCGAGCGACGGCUGGCCUCCAAGAAAAAGGGAUUCAUUCUGCGGCUGUCCGCGAAGGACCCUUCCUGUGUCACCAUCAGUCGCGAGGACAAGGGCAAGGCGCGACACUUGCGAGUGCUGCGCACCGAGAGCGGAUUCAACGUACAGGUGGGCAAGGACGUCCACUGCUUCCCCGACCUCCUCGCCUUUCUUGACUCGCCACAAGCCACCAAGUCCGGCAAGAGUGGGCUGGGCUUGCAGAAGGUGUGCUCAAAGGACUCGGAGUACGCAGCGGUGCACGAGCGCAGCAGGGGCGGACACUGA